UUUUCUUUCAUUUUCAGGUAGUAGAUUUCUACAAGCUCUUGUUCUCUCUCCCGCGAUCCUUGUCAUUCAAAGCGCAACAGAGCUGCGCAAGCAGACUCCACCGAAACGUACCCGGAUGCCCGUGCCCGCUACAAUGCUUUGGCCAGUAGAACCAGAAGGCCCCGGCAAAGACCUUUGCGUGGCUGUCCGCGAAUACUCGGAUAUCAAACCCACUUUGUAGUUUCCGCGAUGAGACUGGUCCGAGCAGGAGAGAUCGACCCCAAUCUCAUGCCUCUGGAUCAUGGGGAGAUUAAGACCCUGGAACCCCAUUGAUCAUCGUCCUGCCAGGUCGGUAUACGUUCUACCCUCUGACCAGUACUACAAGUCCGUGUCUCGCGUACGGCUCUCACCCGCUAUGCCUUGGUGUCCCUGCAGAUCGAUGUGUCGUUUAUCUACAGGAGAUUAUGCUAGGGCCUUUAAAUUCCGAUGUCGCCAUCAGGAAAGGAGAGUGUUAGUGUGGCACCUCUGCUCGCAAUCUACUUAGCUAGUUGGUCUAUGAACAGCACUUCGGCGAUUGAUUCUAGAUAAGGGAAUGACAGAUCUAUUACUGGGAGUAGCAGGCUCGAGGGACCUGGAUCUGAAUUUUUGGGGGAACAGUCUCAUUACCAGGUAUCUAGCCAGCAGCUUGGGCUGUUCAACAGGUUCCUAUCCCGCUUUGUCUUGAUCUGCCGUCCCAAGGGCUGGGUCGUGAAGGGUUUGACUUUGCUUUUGGCUUGGCUGGUUGAUCGCAUGAAUUAUUUGAUCUGAGGUAAGGUUUCUAGGGUCUCCAGUGAAGACGAUUCUGGCCGGGGCUUUUCGCUUUCUCGGUCCCUUCACGUGCGGCCUUGGAUUAAUGGGGAUGAUCGGUACUUGCCAACAAUCCGUUGCAGCGCGAGAUUGUGACUGCAAUAUCGGACUGAAUGGAUGACCCUGCGCAGAGACCAUGAUAGCAGCCAAAGACGGGCUGUGCGUAUCCUCUUUAUGUAUAGACCACCCGUCGCCGAAAGGAAUUGCCUUUGCAGCCCUGCAGGGCGCUGCUGGUGGCGGCGGUGGAUGGUGGAGGAAGAAAAGUUGCAGAAGUCGCUGCCAUAUGCUCAUCUCUCUAGCUGCCAUGUCACUGCUAGGACAGUAGACAUUGGCAGCGGAACUGGCAAAGCUCAUGGCAGCAGCCGCUGGGGUGUUGGUUUCUCAAUCCCCCACACACACUCGAAUUCAAUGUUCGGCCGUGUGAGACCAAGGCAAUGACAUUUUCAUACAAAGGAAUGUCUUUGAGAGUUAUGCCGGAGGAUGUAUGGGGUGUACUGCCACAAGGGGCAUUGUCUGUGCAUGCCACCUUCUUUUGUGAAAUGACUGUCUUUGAUUUAUUGUCCCUUUCAACUGCUUAGGCCCGGCAGUUCAUCGUUCUCGAAGCAUUGUACUCGGGUUCUUUCGAGGCACUCACUGCAUUGAUGCUGCUAUGCAGACUGUCUCAGGCCUACUGCCCUGGAAUGGCCUAUUUAAGGACGCAUGUUCUCUCCUCUGUCUGGGGAAUUGGUCUUUCCUCAUACCUGCAAGCCAGCCUUUGAGAGAACGUCGAGUUUCGUGGUCGACAACACAGCCCAUCACCUAACUUACCCGUUUUCUUCAAGGCCGGCACUUCUAUUCAACCUACCCGAUAUCAGCCAUGUGUAAGUGCAGCAUCAUCCUCACCGACCUCCUCUGCGCGGGGUGUCGCCAAGCAGGUCGAGAAACUCAGCUCAAGAGUUCCAUGUUCAAGGACAAUCCCAAGCGAGCAGUCACUUUCGACAAAAGCUGCAGAAAACAUGGUAUGUUGAGCUUACCCUCGACCAAACAGCGUGUGAGUGAAUAUGUUGAAGAUCGCCACUGUAAGGUCUGUCGACAAACGAUCCGAACAGUUGUUGAGGAAGAGUCAACCAUGGGACGAAGCGGAAGCCAACCUGGCCAGUAUAUGGCAAUGCCCGUCCGUUCUCAUAACGACGAUUACAUCAAAACUCAGCGAGACUCGAAAGCUUAUGCCCCAGGCGAUAGCCGUGCAUUGGUGGUAAGACAAGGAGCCUAUGCAGCACGCGGUUCGACACGUCCAUCGAAACAAGCUGAAGGACUUGAGGUUGUCAAAGCUGACCGCUAUGAAGCAACUCAAGGUCGACCUUCGCGAAGACAAGAAGUUGUUCGGACGGCGCAACGGGAAGACCGCGAUCACGUCGAGCGUUCUGCAGUGCAGGCCCGUGAGAUAAGAGACGAGGUCACUUUCAACGCUGGUGGUGUAACUGUCUCAGUUGUCAGCACCCAAACCGUCUACACCAAAGUCAAGGAAAGAGUUCCACGCCGCUAGAGACGGUUCAGCAGGGCUCCCUCGAGAGCAUGCAUAAUUGUCGCUAACGGUUUGUAGGGAUGUUGUUGCUUCGUAGGUAGGCCAACGAUGCCACAACGUCUCGAAUCCCCAGAUGCGAUCUUGGUCCAGAACGUCGAAUUGUGCUUUACACAAGGACACGUAUGGUUCCAUUGUAAUGGGCGGGUAAAAUUCUUUGCAGAUGGGCUGGGACAACGGUGGAAAGUAGGAGAGGUCGACAUUAGCAUACUGUACUAGUAGCUGGAACUAAUCUCAGAAUGGAAAUUGUAAGUAUCAACCCAA